AUGCAACUGAUUUUGUUGCAAAAUGCUCUGCAUGAUGAGAUAUUAUUCUGUUUAUGCGUGUCCAUAGAUUUUUAGUCGAAGGAUUUCACAUCGAUUAAUUGUUUAUGGAUAAUUUUCUCACCUAUUAACAUGAGUUCACCAAACUUUGAUGGGAAUCCAUGUCUGCCCAUCAGUCCAAUGUCCUCUCCUCAUCCAACUCAGUUAGCUCCCCAACUUGAAGAUUCUAAUACAAUAUUCAUGAAUGGUACUUUGGAUAACUUAUUCCAAGACCAUGGUCUAUUCCCCAUGGCACAGCCAAAUUACUCCCCUGAUGCUCAUCAAAGCUUUGGUUUUCUUUCUAAUUUCCUACAAGUGAACCAAAUGGCAGCCUCAUUGCCUGAGUGUCCUUUACUAAAUGAAACUUCGUUGCUACUUCAAAAUUCCCCUCAAUUCCCUUACAAUAUGUCCCAAGGGAUCACAAACUCUUUCAUUCCCCCAACACAACCUGUGGAGCAAAAUGCUAAGGAAAUGAUCUCUGGAAGUGAUGAAGCAAGCAAUAAAUCUAGCACUGUCAAAAGGAAGCAAAGGAAUACGUUGAAGAAUAAAAAACAAACACUAGAAACAAGUGUUAAGGAUAACAGUAGUCAGAGCUCUGGUGGAAGUAACGAAAAUACAAGUAACAAAUGUAGGAAAAGACGCCAAAGAAGGCAGGAGCGGGUGUUUGGUGUGAGAAGCUCAACUUACCGGGGAGUAAGCAGAUGCAGGUACAGUGAUCGAUACGAGGCAUUUUUGUGGGAUAACAGUGAUCGAAGUCAAAAACCAAAGACAGUUUACAUAGGUGGAUAUGAUGAUGAAGAGUCUGCAGCAAGGGCUUACGAUAUAGCUGCCCUGAAGUUAUGGGGUGAAUCCGCGCCACUGAAUUUUCCAAUGUGUAAUUAUGAGAAGGAUUUGGAAGAGAUGCAGUUUUACACAAAAAAUGAAUAUUUUCGCAGCCUAAGGAGAAAAAGUAGAGGCUUUGCAAAGGGUGCAUCAAUUUAUCGUGGAGUCUCCAGGAACUCAGAUUUCAAGAAAUGGCAAGCAAGAAUUGGAAAAGGGAAAGAGAUUAAAGGAAUUUACCUAGGAACAUUUGACACUGAAGAGGAAGCAGCCAGGGCUUAUGAUGUUGCAGCAAUUAGGCUCAAAGGUGAAAAUGCUAUUACCAAUUUUGAUAUAAAUGAGUAUGAUCUGACGAGCAUUCUUCAAAGUACAAAGCUACCAAUUGGGAAGGGAGCUUCUAAGUUAUUGCUGCAGUCUUCGAUGGAUGAUGUUAUUCGAAAGAAAAGAAAUUAUACCAACGAGCAAAUCACCCUAGUACAUUUUGAAGAAGAUGAUUCAGGCAGCUCAGAUCCGAACCUACUAUCAAUGCACCCUCCACAGUUUCAAAACCUACUAGCUCCAGAAGACCCUAACAUGGAGCGUCAGCAGAAUUUGCACCAUUCCAACCAGCAAGACCUGAGCGAAAUUCUUAACUCCUCUCUUCUCCAUGGCUUACAGAACCCUGAUGAGCUCCGGGUUAAUUCUACUCUACUUGAAGGAUUUAACUGCUUUGAAGGUGAUAUGAGCAAUGAUGAGAAUCUAAGCUUUAACUUCAACGUGGAGUUUCCUAGUAAUGUGGACCUAGGUGAGAAGUACAAUGGUGGGUUAGAAAGGGGGAUUCAAGAAAUGCAGCCUUUUGAAUUCCCACAGGAUAUAACAGCACCAGAGAACCUGCAAUUUACUAACCCGGUCUUACAUCAAAAUCCAAGCUUCAACUUUAUGCAAGGCUAUGAUCAAAACCUUACCUUUCCAAUUCUUCAAGGCCAUCAAAACCCUGUUGAGUUGCAGGAAAAUCUUGCAGGGACUGGCUGGAGGAAUCAUUUGGAGACUGCCAGAGAGUUUAAUGGUAACUAUAAUGGAGGAACAUUUCCAAAUGAAGGGAUUAUUGAAGGUUGUUCAGCAGUGGGAUCAGCAUAUGAUAAUUUUUAUACUGAAUUAUCAGGGGGAGUCCAACAGAUGCAGCGACGUGAGAACCUUCAGAGCCUGUUAGCCCUACAGGGACAAGAUUCUCAUAACUUGAAUCAGGGACAUGAGGAUGUUACCACCCAGAACCUGUAUCACGAGCCUAUUAAUUUUCAAACAAAUCCCUCAUCUGACUAUCUGUUUAGUGGCAACCACAAUGAAGAAGUUUCAUGUAACGGGAUUUUCGAGGGGCUUCCAAGACUAAUGGAGAUUAAGAAUAAUUAUACAGGAGGCCAUGAUGACAAUUUCUGGGACAAUAGAGCAGCUAUGGUGGAAAACCCAGUCCCAGGCACUGCAGGAAAUGGAGUCAACUUCUUUGAAGACACUGAAGAGGACUUUCUUUCCAGUUGCUUGCAAGCACUAAAUGAACUCGGACCCUUGAGCUUCUAA